UUUCAAACCACAUGCGCGUGUCAAUUCCUUGGCAGAGAUACUACCCAUCUGACAUAUACCCAUUGGGCUAGGGACGAUGUCGCGUUUGGAGUUGGGGGCGAUUCAGUGGUGUUUGGGCUUCUGCCGCCAUUUCUUUGUCACGUUGGCACUCAUCUCGUCGUCCCACAUCCACUGCCCACAUCAUGCAACGACGUGGCCUCACCCAGGGUCCGAUGACCUCCAUUUUAUAAAAUCGGACUCUUUAUUAGGGCAUGACCCUAUGGCAGACCUUACAUGUGUGUGUUUGUUAUUGGUCCUAUCAACCCGAUUCCACGGACAUGAACAACGUAAGUCAUAGCUGUCCAGCAACCUAGUUCCAGUUGGCCAAACUGCGAUAGAUCAUGCGCCUUCCUUUCCUAGCUAACGUUGCGUGCGCCGAGAUGCUCGCUGAAGACUUCGUCAUAGACCCAGCUCGUUGGAGAAGUGCGUGACGGUCGGAAGCUUGCUCGUGGGUGCUAUUAGGAUGGGCGUCGUGCCACGUCUCGUGCACUCAUCUGAUUACCAGACAUCACGCAACGUCGCUCGGAGACCGUAUCCGCGUGUCUGUUGAUCUAUGCUGCCUGCGUCACGUCGCUUCUCACACUACUGUGACUCUACGCCAGCACACACACGGUCACGAGUGAACUGCAGU